AUGGCCCGGGCUGGCGGCGGCGGCGGCGGCGGCGCGGCGGCCCCGGAGCGCGCGGGGGCGGCGGCGCGGCGGGCGCCCUGGGAGCUGUCCCUGGAGGAGGUGCUGAAGGUGUACGAGCAGCCCAUCAACGAGGAGCAGGCGUGGGCCGUGUGCUUCCAGGCCUGCCGCGGGCUGCGGGGCGCGCCCGGCGGCCGGCGCCGCAUCCGCGACACGGGGGACAUCCUGCUGCACCGGGACGGCUCGGUCGGCGCGCGGCAGGAGCCGGAGCCCGCGACCACGAUGGUGUCCCCGGCCAGCUCAGAAGCUCAGGGCGCGCAGGCCCACUACCAGGCCGUGUGCCGCGCACUCUUUGUGGAGACGCUGGAGCUCCAGGCCUUCCUAGCCAGGGUGCGGGAGGCCAAGGAGGUCGAUGGGGACAUCCCUCCACGAGUGAAGAAGGAUGCACAUGAGCUCAUCCUGGACUUCAUCCGCUCCCGGCCUCCGCUGAAGCAGGUCUCUGAGAGAAGGCUGCGCCCCKUGCCACAGAAGCAGAGGACCCUGCAUGAGAAGAUCCUGGAAGAGAUCAAGCAGGAGCGGAGGCUGCGCCCUGUGGGGGACCAGCGCUUGGGCACCCGUGGGUUCGGCUCUCUGCCCUGUAUCCUCAGUGCCUGUUCUGGCGAUGUCAAGUCCACUUCCUGCAUCAACCUGUCCGUUCCCGAUGCUGGGAGCAGUGUGCAGCGCCCCCGACCCCGCGUCCUGCUCAAGGCACCCACCUUGGCUGAGAUGGAGGAGAUGACCACAUCUGAGGAGGAAGAGUCGCCCUGUGGGGAGGUGGCGCUGAAACGGGACCGCUCUUUUUCGGAGCAUGACCUGGCCCAGCUCCGGAGUGAAAUGGCCUCUGGCCUGCAGCCAGCCACACAGCCCCCAGGAGGGACGGAGCCAGCCGUCUGCACUUCCUGUAGCAUGAAGAUGAAGAUGCCUUCUAAGAAGUGUGCACACAUCCCUGUCUACACACUGGGUUUUGAGAGUCCUCAGAGGGCACCCGCUGCCAAAACCGCGACGGCGCCAAGGCGAGACGUCUUCCAAUCCCUGCAGGGGCCUCAGUGGCGAAGUGUGGAGGAGGAGUUCCCCCACAUCUACGCCCACGGCUGCACCCUGAAGGAUGUCUGCAGCGACUGCACCAGCUUCGUGGCCCACGUCGUGCGCUCCAGCCGCAAAAGUGUGGAUGUUCUCAACGCCACGCCGCGCCGCAGCCGCCAGACUCAGUCCCUCUACGUCCCCAGCAACAGGACUCUYGACUUCCAGUGAUGGCCCAAGGUGGCCAGGCCUCCGGGAAGGGACCUGGCUCCAGCCUGCUCCAGGCUGAGGCUCUGCUCCCCGUGCUGGGCCCGGCUGCCCGCCGUGCUCCUGAGCUGUGCAUGGACAUAGACAUACCAGAUGCCUUUAUAUAAUAAACACACAGCCUAUAUAUUUAUA